GGGGGGGGAUUAGACUUUCCCGAUGGAGGAGGAGAAAAAGAUGAAAAAGAAGACGAAAGGGAGAGAGAGUGGGCUACCAUAAACCUUUCUGGCUGAGGGCAGUGUAUUUCGCUCUCCAGUCCGUAAACGUCAAGUAUCGGAUAACCCAAGAGCGUGAAAAAAAGGGGGGUGUGUGGAGAGGGGGAGCCAAAAAAAAAGGUAGAAACGGCUACUUGAAGGAGGGGUUUUGAUCGGACAGCCAGCACAAGGUCUCUCCACAAGCCGCGCAGAAGUGGAAAAAUCCCUUGUAGUCGUCGCGACAGCGGUAUAGCUAUUUAAGCUAAUUAGAGGCAGCGCAAGACAAUUUCACUCUUUGCUGUUUGGCUAGUAAUACCGUCAUGUGAUUGCCCUUGGCUUUUCUUGCCUUCGUAAAAAAAAAAAAGGAUCAGGGUGAAUAAUCAACUGCCGUUUGCGUUUUUUUUUUCACUUUUCAUUUUAUAAAACGGAUUUUUCUUGCCGAGUUCAUCCCACCGAAACAUCAGAACCACAGCCACUGCAGAGUAUGAGAAGACGAGGAGAGAAUCCGUGAAGAUCGCUGUGGAUGAUUUAUUUUUCAAACAUAUAAAUACCAAAGUGUCGCUGGGGAUUCAGUGGAUGGAUUUUGUCUUUUAUCCAGAGGAGACCACCACACCAAACCUUCACAAGAGAGGCUCGAUCAGCUUGUCAUUUUAGCUUUCCCCGAUCUUUGUUACUUGAUUGUUUCUCCUUCUUCCUCCUCCUGCUGUCUAUGUGGCAGAGGUUCCGGGAUUGAUUGGUCUUGCCUGGCCGUCUUACUGCUCGGCAGCCUCCUCCUCCUCCCGACUGUUUAAAGUGCUCUAUUUGGAGAUAGAGAGAGAAUUGAAGGAGAAGGGGGAUCUUGUAUUUUACGUCCAACCUCCCUGCCGCUUUGGAUACAAAAAUUAACAAUACAGAAAUCAAGAGGGAAAAAAAAGACAAGUGGGACACACUAACCCCCCCCGAUCUCCCACCCCUUCGAUUAAAAUGUCAUUCGGCUACAUGGAUCCGGGUUGCUGAACUUCUGCAAUGGGAUUGUAAAGUUUUAAGCUGGAUGUGAAGGCAAGAAGAGGCAGAGGAAGAGAAACCCCCCCCCUCCCCUCCACUCUUGGGCUGCAGUUUAUGCUGUCCCUUUGGUUUUUAAUUUUUUUCUUUGGUGGGAAACCAUUGGCCUUGAGGAAAAAUGCGCAAUAAAUGGAGAGCAUCGACUGACGGAGUCCCCAUCCUCCACGCUUUUAGCAGGACUAGCUUCUUAUUACUUGGGCUGCUGGCAGCCAUAGCUCGAUGCCACUGGCCCAAUGGGCAAACGGAAAUAAUUCGGGACUUUGGAAACCAGCUAGAAGCCUCCAUGCGCUCGUCUGUGCAAGCCGAAAUGCAGGACAUGGCGUCGGUAGGCAUAGUCCCGCCAGCUGGUAUCCCUGACUCUUCAGCUGUGGUGGGGCGGGUUUUUCAGAUGAAGGUGCCAUCAGAGACGCUUGAAGCGAGAGGUGGAGUAAUCAGGAUCACUGAAGCUGGAAAAGAAAGUCUGCCUUCCUGGUUACACUGGGAUCCUCACAGUUAUACCCUACAAGGCCUUCCACUAGAAGCGGACAAAGGCAUCGUUUACAUAUCGGCCUCCGUGAUGGAUGUAGCAGCGAAUGGAAGUUACAUUUCUCGAACAACGGAUGUUUUCUCCAUAGAGGUCCAUCCAGAGGAGCAUGCGGAUACAGACCCUGGGCAGUUUGGUGUUCAUUCAGCAAACGAGGUCCAGCCUUUUAUUUGUGGAACUGAGGAGCCCGUUACUAUUUUGACUGUGAUCCUGGACGCAGAUUUAACUAAAAUGACCUCCAGACAACGUGUUGAACUGCUGACUAGAAUGAAAAAAUUUUCAGACGUGAGUCUUCAGAAUAUGAAGCUUUUACCCGUUGUAAAUAACCGACUUUUUGACAUGUCUGCCUUUAUGGCUGGCCCAGGUAAUGCCAAGAAAGUGGUAGAGAACGGAGCAUUGCUCUCGUGGAAACUUGGAUGCUCCCUAGAUCAAAGUAAUGUCCCUGACAUUCGCAGCGUGGAAACGCCAGCCAAAGAAGGCACCAUGUCCGCGCAGCUGGGUUACCCUGUUGUGGGCUGGCACAUAGCAAACAAAAAGCCCCAUGCACCAAAACGGAUUAGACGGCAGCUUUUUGCCACACCCACUCCAAUAACUGGGGUCUUGCUUCCAACCACAGCUCCCCAAGAGCCUCCAACUCGAAUUGUGCCAACUCUCACUUCUCCUUUAAUAGCCCCUACUACAGAAACUAUUGCUCCACCAGUCAGAGGCCCCGUCCCACUACCUGGAAAGCCUACAGUAACCAUUAGAACUAGAGACCCUAUUGCCCACACACCAACUCUGGGGCCUGUCCAGCCUACCAGAGUGAUGGAAACCACCAGCACAAUACCCAUUCAGCCUACUGUGACAAGGCCUGGUUUCACAGAGCAGACGGCUGUGGUGACACCACCAACUACCAAGAAGCCCAAAGUUCCAGGAAAACCCCGAACAAGUCCUACUUCUACCUUGGCAACCACAACAAAAAAAAUUAAGAAGCCAAAAACUCCUCGUCCGGAUGAUUCUUCCAAAAGUUCAAGCACAAAAAUGGACACCACUACUUCAACUACACCCAGGAGUUUCACUCCAGCUGAUGAUAAUACGCCUCCAGUGCUGAGGAACCAUAUCGACAGGGUCGAUGCCUGGGUAGGUACAUAUUUUGAGGUAAAGAUUCCUUCUGACACAUUCUAUGACUAUCAGGAUGGUACUACGGACAAAUUACGCCUGACACUUACAUUGAACCAGCAGCAGGGGGUCAGCGAGAAUUCUUGGGUUCAGUUUAAUAGCACCAGCCAACUCAUGUAUGGCCUUCCUGAUCUAGUACAUGUGGGUAAACAUGAGUAUUUCAUGCAUGCUACUGAUAAGGGAGGCCUUAUUGCUGUGGAUGCCUUUGAGAUCCAUGUUCAAAGACGACCUCAUAGCGACAAGCCACCUGCGCGCUUCAUUGCCCGUUUUCAAGGUGAUUCUCGGUCUGUAACUAACGAUAUACACAAGAAGAUUCUUCUGGUCAAGAAGCUAGCAUAUGCAUUUGGAGACCGAAACAGUAGCACUAUUACUCUGCAGAACAUCACCAAGGGCUCAGUUGUGGUGGAGUGGACAAACAAUAGCUUGCCACAAGAUCCGUGCCCUAAAGAACUGAUCCAGGCUUUGAGUAAAAGAAUUGCAGACGAUCAAGGCAAACCAAGCCAGCUCUUCCAUGGUACAAUGGAGCCGGAUUUUCAGCCACUGGGUAUUAAUGUCACAGGAACGGGGAGCUGUAAAAACUACAUAUUUGUGCCAAUCAGUAUCGUAAAAGUUGUUCCGGAGACCACGGUAGCGGUUCCUGCACAAGACACGGGCAGUCUGAGCACCGACGAUGUUUAUCUUCACACGGUUAUCCCGGCAGUGGUUGUCGCGGCCAUUUUACUCAUUGCCGGCAUCAUCGCAAUGAUCUGCUAUCGUAAAAAACGUAAAGGAAAGCUGACCAUCGAAGAUCAGGCAACUUUCAUCAAGAAAGGCGUGCCCAUCAUCUUUGCAGAUGAGUUGGAUGACUCGAAACCGCCUCCGUCAUCUAGCAUGCCGCUCAUCCUGCAGGAGGAGAAGCCUCCCCUACCCCCUCCCGAGUACCCGAACAUGGCUAGCCCCGAGACCACUCCCUUAAAUCAGGACCUCUUGGGAGAGUACACUCCACUCCGGGAUGAGGAUCCCAGUGCCCCCCCUUACCAGCCUCCCCCUCCCUUCACUGCCCCCAUGGAAGGGAAGGGCUCUCGCCCAAAGAAUAUGACCCCGUACAGAUCACCACCUCCCUACGUGCCACCCUAACAGCAUCACGGACCUCCAGGGUAGGAGGGACAUUUUUAGCUCCAAGCCAGUGUUGUCUGUUCAGAAAGUGUGAGAGUGGGAUGGGGUGGUUUGACUGGGGGAGUGGGGGGGUCUACAUUGGUAGGAGGGGUAGGGAUGGAGGGGGGGGGGUGACAGUUGGGAGAAGGGUUACUGAAAGAAUAAGCCUGCAAAAAAAAAAAAAAAAAUUAGUCAUCGAUGUGAGGAACUUCAGUUCUCUGAUGGUGCUAAUCCACGAGUGAAAAACGGCAUCAUGGGAGGUUCGGAUAACCCAGAUUUUUUUUUUUUUAUUUUUCGGUUUGUUUUUGAGAGAUGGGGGGAUAGGAGGGACUUUUUUUUUUUUCCUUUGCCUUUUUUGACUUGGUGUUUGACUUUCUGCCUAACAGCACCCUUCUGUUCUUUUUUUUUUUUUUGUAAUCACAAGGCUAUUUUUAAAAGAAAGUAAAAAAAAAAAAAAAAAAUAAUGAUGCCAAAUGGGCUGUAGGCUGAACAAUUAUGGGAUGGGGGAAAGCAGAUAAGCAACAGACAAACAAACAAACAAAAAAAAAAAAAGUUUGGGUGGCUUGAACAGACCUGCAGGCAGCACUGGAGUUGGCAUUUGAAUCAAGUAAGGUUUGCCUUUAACACUAAUUGUACUGUUUUAUCUUUAUUCACAUGUGUCUAGCAAAAAGAAGCAUAACAACAAGAGGUAGCCUAAAAGAGAAAUAAGACUUGAAAAAAAAACAAAAAAAGUUUGUUUUUUUUUUCAUUUGAUUAUUUUGAUCAUGUAAUCCACUAUGUAAGGUUCCUGCCGAAAUGUUUUUUUGUUUUUUUUUUUUGUUUUUUUUUCCUGGCAAGCGGCACACCAAAAUAACCUGCAGGACGAUUUAUUUCCUUCACAAAUGAAAUCUGUGUGUGUGUUUUGACCUUUUCAAAAGAGAGUGGUUAUAAUUGUUGGGUCUUUUAAAUGCAAUAUUUUUGUGAAAGUUUUAAUAAAUCAAUAGCUUUGUCCUUAUCAGAUUACUAAUACUUGAUGGGGUGGGGUGCUUAAUGUGGAAAUACGGUAAUUAGGUUCCCAAGCUUGAAGAAAUGUUAUAGAGAAUACUGUUUUGUUUUUGUUUUUUUCAAUUUGUAUAAUUUAUGCAAAUGUGAGGAACAGAAUAUUAAGAAGGAAGCAACCAAUCAGAAGCCCUGCUUGUUCCACAGAGGACUGUCUUUCGUGGUGGAGGGAAGGAAAGGUGAAUGUGCUCCUCUGUUAGUGUUGGGAAAUGUGUUAAUCCAUGAAUGGGAUAUCAUAUGGAAGUUAAAUUCUUAGUAAGUCAUACUGUGUUAUGCUUUUUUUCAUAGAUGUUUAAAGGAGAAAAAAAAAAAAAGCUUAAGCAAAAGAUGCCUGCAGUUUAUUUUGGUUAAGGGGUAUUUUUUUAUAUAGAGUAAUUCUUGCAGCAUUAUGAAGAAA